UCUGUGGAUCUCAUCGACUUGGAGAAUCAGACCUACUGCUUCUCAAGUCCGAGGGAAGACUUAUCUUGACACUGAUCUGAUGCGCAUCAAGACGACAACAGGAAGCAGGCAAACCUUUGCCUGUCUCCUUCUCCCAAGUUCCAUACGGACAGCCUCGAUUGCGUGCCGGUUGGCCAAGAUCCUGCGCAACACUGGAGGCUACAGCACAUCGAUACCAGCUAAUACUUCUUCCGCGACAACGUACAACACGGCGAAGACAUCUUCGAACCCCUACGAGGCUUAGUCAAGCUGAACAACCAGAAUUGGCACACCUGGUUGCUCGACUUCAAGUCCAACUUCCAGAUGCUGCAGGCGGCUGACAACAGUGCCCAGCGUGAUCAAAUGACCCUGGACCUGGCAGAAGCGAUUGCCUUCUGCCGAGGUCUUGAUGACGUAGCACAAUGCCCAAUCGUGGAAGAGCUGUGGGGUGAAGCUACACCCUUGGACCUGGCAACUGUCGCUGUCAGGUACAUGUCAGACGCUUCCAUUGAGUACGUGCAGGGCCUCGUCGGAGUUACGCAUGUCGAGGGUGUGUGGUCACACAAGCCAGCAGGCGUAUACGAGCUGCUGAUCGACUGUGAUGACACGCGAGGGGCAAGGUACAUCGGCAAGUCGGACCAUGGCGUCCGCAAGCGGAUGAUAAGUCACAUGUCGGCUUGCAGACGUGGCAAGAAGAGUACUUUGUACAACGUGAUGCGCGCAUUCGAAGAGCGACCCUGCCAUCAAGUCUUGCUCGUCGGUCUACCGAUCUCAAAUUGCGCGCUCAAAGACAGCCAUAUCGAGAUACUCAGGCUCACACACAAGCCCGACGUUUACGAGCAAUCAGUGUCGAUCCCGCCCUAGUGUAAAGUACGAGGCGACGGGCACAUUGAAAGCCUUGAAACAUCAUGUCAUUAAACGUUAGAAUUCUAUCGUGUCUAGC